AUGUCUGCGACCUCAGGCAUCGGUAUCUCUCCUGAGCUUUCUUCUGCCUUUGCAUCUGCUACCUCAUCUCAGUCAGUUCGUUUCAUCAAGGUCUCCAUCCGCAAUGAGACUCUCGUCUCGGACACAACAAUCAAUGCAUCUGGAUCUGUUGAAUCUGAUUUCGGGAAGAUAGAUGGGUUUCUUGAGGAAAAGGAGCCCGCCUACGUUCUCGUCCGUCUAGACGAUCCUCCCACUGAGUGGAUCGCCAUCCACUACGUCCCAGACUCGGCCCCUGUUCGCGACAAGAUGUUAUACGCCUCGACUCGCAACUCUUUGACCAAGGGACUGGGCUCGAGCCUCUUCACCGAUACCAUCUUCGCCACCUCGAAGGACGACCUUACUCCCGCUGCAUAUGCCGCACACAAGCGCCACGUUGCUGCACCUCAGCCCAUGAGUGCCAGAGAGAAAGAAAUGGCGGAGGUGAAGGCUGCAGAGCGUCAGAGCACAACAUAUGAGGGUAGUAGAGCAAGACAGAAUCACAUUGGAACUCCAAUCGGAAUUCAAUGGCCUCAGAAUGUCCAAGAUGCCGUCAAGGACAUGACUAGUCUUUCUCAGGAUCGUCUGAUCGUUCUGAAUACGGAUACCACUGCAGAGAACUUGGUCUUGACCAAGGACGUCCAGUGUGGGCCCGACGAACUGGGAGCAAGCAUAUCCUCCUCCGAACCUUGCUAUGCUUUCUACGCUUACACCAAGCUUUCGAAAAUUGUCUUCAUCUACUCUUGCCCAUCUGGCUCUCCCGUCAAGCACCGUAUGAUAUACUCUUCCGGCAGCCAACCGCUCUACCAAUACGCCAAGCAGUUCAUCCCAGCUGAGAUCCUUGCCACACGCAAGAUCGAGACAUCGGACCCAUCUGAGCUCAACGAGGCAUACCUUCAGUUCGAGCUGACGCCCACCAGUGUAGACCAAGCGCGUUGUGCGACCUCGACCCCUGCGAAGAGCUUUGCAAGGCCCAAAGGCCCCCCGAGGAGACGUUAG